GAUGACAGGGAGAGAAAGGAUUUGCCAUAACAGGGAAGGCUGCCUGCCUCUAUGGAGGAAUAAGAAGGAUUUGGGGUGAAGAGAAGCAGAAAGGAGGGACACACAAUAGGAUCGCUGCUAGGGACAUCGGAAGCCAAAGGGAGGAUGCAUUUGGCCUUUGGGAUUAUACACGGGGCUGGGCUGCUCUUCAUCAUCACACAAUCUGCCCUGGCUGAAAGGUGGAGAAGCGAGUAUGAAGAUGAGCGACCUGUUGAUCUGGAAAGCUCUGGGGAUGAUGACUUUUUUGAAGAUGAAGAUAUGGAUGAUGUGUACUCUGGCUCAGGAUCAGGCAAUUUUGAGCUGGAAUCUGGCUUGGAUUUGGGGUUCAGAUUCACAACAAAGGCUCCCAUUCCUCCCCCAACAGUAACAGCAUUAAAACCUGCUCCCACUGAUCAUUUUCUUCCUCCAAUACAAAGCACCUGGGUCCCUCCAACAACCCAGGCCUCUGUAGUACACAGACAUAAUCCAUGGGUUCCUCCUGAAGCUCCAGAUACACCUUCUUUGCCAGCUGUCCCCACACCCACCAUUCCUUCUGAACAGGCAACCACGGAAGCUACCACAACUGAAACAGUGAGGACAACUGAGGUACGUAGGUUGCAGCCUGUUGUGGUGGUUUCCACAGAGAUAAUGGCCACAUCAAGCUCAACAGAAAAAGAGAUGUUUACAUGGGAGGCUACUGAUGAACAGGAGGCAACACGUUUUAACACAGAAAGUGGCAGGGUCUGGCCUACAGAGGACUGGAGGACAUCACUGACAAGUGAGGAGGACAGCAAGCUGGAAGGCACAGAAAAAAUGACCCCCACUCUGCAACCACAGACUGAAAGCUGGGAGGUGACAGCUGUUACUUCACGUGAUAGUGACUUUGAGAUACCAAUCAGUGGUGGACCAAGUGGUGACUUUGAGAUCCAAGAAGAAGAUGUUAUACCCCAGACAGAGCCCCCAACAUCACCAGAUUUAGGCAAUGAGCUCUUGCCUCCCGGUACAGCACCACCUGACCUUGCCCGAGGAAGGAAGCCUGACACUGGCCUAAUAGAUAACACAAUAGAUUCUGGAAACACUUUGGCACAGAUGCCUCAGAAAAACAUUCUAGAGAGAAGAGAGGUAUUAAUAGCGGUGAUAGUCGGGGGUGUCGUUGGAGCUCUGUUUGCUGCCUUCUUGGUGAUGCUGCUGAUUUAUCGGAUGAAAAAGAAAGAUGAAGGAAGUUACGCUCUGGAGGAACCCAAACCGGCCAGUGUCUCCUACCAGAAACCAGAAACUCAUGAAGAAUUUUACGCAUAGUAGUUGAGAAUAGGCUUUCUACCUUCAAUCCUAAUUGUUUAUGAGCCUGCGGCUGAACUAUUUGAAAUUAUUUUAAUUUUUUUUCCUCACACUUUCCAGAGAUUACUUAAUUCAUUUUUAUUAACAGCUGUUCUG